AUGCCUUGCUUCAAAGGCCUUGCGGUCAGCAUCCACACCCCUGACGGCCCCAUCUCGGAGUACUCCAUCCAGAAGCAAGCACGAGCCGCACGCAUCUCCUCCUACAUCCCCGUGCCCGCGGCCAAGGUGCCCUCCGAUUCGCAGACCGGCAAACUCGAGCAGUCCACCUUCGCCAUCUCCAUCACCCUCCUCACUCCCGGCUUAAAUGUGCCGUACUCCACCCCCAAGCCCACCGCUGAUGAACCACACCCCAAACCACGCGUUGUCGGAGGCCUACCCGGCAUCCUUGGCGAGAGGGGGAAGUAUGGUGCUUCGAUACCCCCAUACGUCCCCCGCACCACCAACCCCAACGAAACCAUAGCCGCGUACAUAUACUUUGAUGGGCGAGCGAAAGAGGAAGUGGCCACACUGCUACGGCGAGGCGAGGAAACGUGGGUCAAUUCGAGGUGGGUCAGCGUGCCUGCGUCCGAAGGCGGUGGUCUGGCCGAAAGAGAGUUCCUCUUCCGCGAAGUCGGGCUGGAGCGAUGGCUCAAUGGCCUGGAUCUUGAGGGCAGCAGCAAAGAUAAGGCAGAGCGAAUCGAGCGGAGACAACGGCGGCUAGAGAAGAAGCGCCGGAAACAGCAAAGAGAGCAGAUGGACAGUGACGACGAAGACGCCAAUGAUGGCAGCACAAAACGUGUCGGCAGGAAUGGGGUCUUGCGAUACGGUGGCGAGGGAGGGUCUCCAGUGGAAGACAUUCCUCAAGACGAUGGACUCCUAUCUUCCGACUCGGACUCCGACGAUGACCCGCCACAACCAGAAGCCGCCGGGCAGAUCAAAGUUGCUCUCUUCCGCGUUCUGGCGAGCGGUGAAAUCAAAAGGGGAGAAUACUCCCCUCAGUUUGACGCACAUGACGAUGACGAAGGCAUGGAUGGAAAUACGAAUGGCGAUGGCGGGGAUGGAGAUGUCGAUCACACCACCAGCUUCGCUAAGCCCAAGAGUCUCGAUCCCAAGUCCAUCAGUACACAGACAGUCACCGGCCUGGAUCCCCCCGAGUCACCAUAUGCCGUCUUCACUUUCUUCUACCGGGGAGAGAAGCAAUUGCGUAAGAUGGGCAUCCUAGCUACGCCGGAGGCAGAGAAGACGCCUGUGGCUGCAAAGCGCAAGUCAACCGGCCCUGACUUCUCCAAGCUUGGGCCACUUAAGACCACUGGGACUGUGGGUUUUACAGGAUAUAGGGACACGGGAACAGUGAAGCGAAAGACCAAGAAUGCCGAUGCCAUGGACAGUGACGGAGAGGAAGAUGAUGACGAAACGGUCAUGAACGGCACAGACGAGAUCGACGUGAAGCAAGAGGGCAGCAAAUUCCUUUCUGUCGAGGAUGCUCAGCGACAAGGCGAGUUGGCGGAGGGGGUGCAGAAGAUCAAAGUAAGUUGUUUCUCCAUCAAUUCGACCUCAGCCAUCGCCGGAACUCCACCCGGCGCCACCUCACCCAUGCUUGGGAACGAGCCGCCGGAGACGAUUGGUAGUCCGUUCAAGCGUCACCGUGCCAGUAUGGCUGGCCUGGGCAACGACAUUAUGGGCCCGGUGGGGUCCAGCGCUGGCGAUGCGUUCUCGUUGUCAUCGUUGGCCGACGGGCCUAAAGUCGAACCGCUUGAUGGGGUGUCUACGCUGGAAGUAAAGCCACACGCGAAGGCCGAUUCCGAUGAGGAGCUGUGA